AUGGACCUGGUCACCUCCAUCAGACUGGAUCUACUCAAUGUGCUUAUGGCUCCAGGCAAAAGCGACGGAUCCAGGGCUCGGUUGGUCGACCAGCUGAAGCCAGUGACCUUUUCUGAUGGCGAUGAGUAUCGCAUCAACAAGCUGUUCGCGGAGAUUGCAGUCUUGCUUGCGUCGGAGUUUGACUUGGACGAAGUCAUCACGGCCGAGUUGCUUUUCCACGCCAACAACUUGAGCUUCCAGAAGGGUACCAAUCUCGCCGACUCCGCCAGGAUCGCGUUCUACCAGCGACUGCUGUACAUUUUAAACAUCUUGAUCUUUCUCGUCGGGCUGGGCCAGGUGCUGUCAGUUGUAACGGGGGAAGCUGAGUACGAGCUCUUCUUCCGUAAUAUCCUCGGGUCAUUUUCGAGGAUCUAUACGCUUCUCAGCAUCCUUAACGAUCUCAUCGACAAACAGCGAGUCACUAGCGAUAUAAAUAGCCUUGAAUUUAUCAAGGCGAUAGGCCACGCCAGAGCACAGUUGUUUGAGCACCACGAACUCUUGGGCCAGUUGUUGUACAGCUUGAUAGAAGCAGAACCUCGUAAAUACGCCGACCAGGCGCAUUUUGCAGAAAUAGCUGAUUUGCUCAAUAAAAAAGUCUCAGACGAGGACGUAUUUGUGCUCCACUUUUUGCCUGCCAUAUUCAGUCUUGUAACGCAGACUUUGGGCUCCGAUGCCGAAGCGGACAAGCUUCACAGACACAUCACGUCUACACUCGCGACCGACUACCGGACCGUGGCAGAUAACGAUGUAGUGGACGUGUCCAAGUCGAAACUCAAAGGUGUGGAUAUCGUAGUGUAUUUCUUCUUCUUAUCCAGGUUCGUCCCCUGGUGCAAGCAGCUGGACGAACGUACUAAAAAAUACGACUACAAGGACGACAUACUUCGCUACUUGGAAUGGCUCAUCAACUACGGGGCCAUGGAGAGACUUUUGUCGUACACAGCAGACACGGCACAUCCGCAUACCACACAACUUUUUGAAUGGAGCAACCUCUACGACUUUCGGUCACUUCUCCAGAAGUCGUGUCCUCGUCUUAGCCCGGUGAAGUUUGUGUAUCCGUCAGCUCAGGAGGUAAUCCACGCAUCGCACACCAAGCCAGGAUUGGACAACGUCUCCAUACUUUUCGAUACUACUGUCUACAAGGUGACACCGGCCUUCAGCGAGAACUUGUUGGCGCCGCUUUUCCACCAGUUCUUCACGUGCUUCAUCAACAAUUCUGCGUUGAUAUUGACACUGUUGCGUGACACAGAAGAGGACUUUGUGUUGUCAUACAUCAAUAGAAAGCAGAUCGAGAACGACUCGGACAUCGACGCCGUAGUAACUAGAAGCAAGACAGAAGCCAACGGAGAUGCGCCAUCCAAGAACGAUAAAUCGAGGUCUGACGAGCUUGAUCUCGACGAGAUAGCCUCACGGUCAGACUUAGAACGUUUCUACUUGGCCUUCGCCUACACAUACAACUCGCGGCCAGAGCUCUGUUCGGACUUCUGGUCAUCAGACGAAAUAACGAACGACAUCGUAGGCUUCCUCGCGUGGGGGUUGAGCAACAAUACGUCUCCGCUCAUCACGGCUACCUUCAGCUUGUUGCUCGGUUCGUUGGCGUCUAGCGGUGACGAAGCUUCUGCCCGUAUCUGGGAGAUCUUGGUCAAGAACAAUACUUCCUUGAAGAAGAAUGACUACUCCAAGAUUUCCAUAGACUCCAUCGUCGACUCUUUGAACUAUUACAUUGACGCUCUCAUAGAAAACUUCGAGCAGGACUUAUUUGACCAGAUCAAGCAACAGCAGAAGAGACAAGAGUUUCUCUUUUCGAGCAGCUCCAGCAAGCAGGAUGGAGACGACCAAAGCAACAAUAAGAUUGUCAUAGAAUUGGCCGAGGAUGCUGUUGUCUUCAUUUCAGGAUUUGUUCAGUUGAUCUCGUCCAUCGUAAGAAAUCUUUCGUCGUCGAAUGAGCGUUCCAACGAAAUCAAAAAUAUUGCCUUCUCCAGAUUCUCGCCCAUCAUCACGGGGUUUUUGAGAUUUGACAAUUUGAUCACGGGCUCCAAGUUGGUAUCAGUUGAUAUUCAGCCUAUUGGAGCCAAUGCACCCAAGUUGAUCGAUUUGCCAAGCGUUUUGGUCAAUGAAGACAACAGAGUCGUUUUGUCGAACUUGAUGUUGAGCUUCUUGGCUGACUUCGUUCAUAACGGUGACAAUCUAGCUACAAACUACAAGGUGUGGCGAAUUGUUGACCGCUGGAUAUACCACGGCUUAUUAGACCAGACAAACAGCAAUGGCCCAACUCCGUCUCAAUUAGAUAGCACGUCACUUAGACAGCCGCCGUCCAAACCCAAGUAUUCCAGCAAGCGCAACUUGAGAAUCAAUCAGGCUUUCCAAAUUAGCUUGAGCCACCUUUCCCAGGUCUCUAAUUUCACCAGAUUGUUGGCAUGUCUAUUGAAGCCGCUUAGCAACGAGAACCAAGCUUUCACGCCGUACUCGCUCUUGUACCCUGUAGAUUUGGGUUAUGGCUAUAGAAGCAACAACUUAAUAGGCAUUUGGCCGUACAUCGAAUACCUCUUGUUGGAGGUAUUGGCAAAGACCGACGACUUGGAUCUGAAUGAAGACAGACAUAAGUUGCAAGGCGUCAUCAUGGAGAUCAUCUAUUCAUCUUUGGGAGAAGUCGAUUGGAAGUUUUUGAACGACCUUGCUCCUAAUGUCAUCAAAAAUAUCACCAACAUUGAUGACAUCUUUGACUCUUUGGUGCCAAACAUUCAUAUGACGUACCAGUUGUUUGUAAAGCUGCAUCAUUCGAUGGCCGUGAUGAACUUCUUGUUUGACGAGAAGGCAUGGAAAGCAUUAUUCAGUAUCAUCAAUAUCGGUGUAGAUGCUGCUAGUUCAAGCGAUGACUUGUCAAUUUUGAUUCAAAACACUUUGUCUACUAUUGACAAGGUUUUGGAAUUGCAGGACACCUUUAUCAAUAGAUUGCUUCCAAUGUUGAAGAACAAGGAUAUUGUUCCUAUAUCUAAUACUAGCGCUCCCAAUGGGUUUGGUACCAGCAUGAGCUUAGCACUUAGCACUCCGAGAUCAGUGUCCGACAACUUUUAUUUCCCCAAAGCUGUAGGUACACACGGAACGUCUGAUUUCUACGAGAUAUUUUUAUUCAACUUGAAGACUGUAGCCCAUUUUGGACUUUAUGUUGGUUCGUCCAAUCCAGUUCUUGCAGAGUCAGCUUUGAGCAUCUUGGAUAGGAUUCGCUUGUCUCACUACUUUAUUGCCAAGAAUCUGUUCCUGUCCAAUGACCCAGUUUUGAACACGAACAGAUUAUUGACAACUUUUGAAAGUAUCGAUGAAUCGCUCAAGAUCAAGUAUGCGUUCAUUGAUCACUUUGAGAGUUACGAAACCAACUUGGAGUUGAAGUAUAAGAUUCUCCAUUUCUUGCUAGGGAACUUGAAUCAAGCCACUGGAAAGGAGCCUACAGUGGCACAUUUCCUCUUGGGUUAUGAUAUCAGAGGUGGAAAGCUAUUUUUCCACGAUUCCGAUAAUACAAAUACACUCUUGAAAUGUUUGUUGAGCUGCUUGAACUUGAGUUUAGAUUUGAUUUCGGAAAUUGACUACAACAACGGAAACAACAAUAUCAUCGACAUUGGUCCGGCCAAGCUCUCGUCUUUGAUUUUGGAAAUUUUGAUCAAGCUUAGUAGAGAUUCGAUUUCCUCUAUUAUUACUUUGAAUCAUUUAAGAGAAUCAGACAGUUUGUUUGAAAAGUUAAUCAACUAUCAACCCCGUCUUGAUAUGCACACUAUCUGGUGUGGAAACACAUUUGAUGGUGAUCUUCAAGAGGAAAACUAUAAUGAGUUUGUGAAUAGCGCCUUGAGUACCCAGGCUUUCUUUUCAUUCAUCAACCAAAGAAACUUGAUUUUGCAGUACUUGUCGCUUGAAUUUCAUCAUAUCGUUUCCAUCACCAAGAAGGAGUUCUAUACGCAAUUGCUCUUGAACAACAAGGAAUUUUUGAAUGGUACUCCAAAAUUCUUAUCUUUCUUGGAUGUCUUGAACUAUAAUUUCAACAACUUUGAAAUUCACAACGGCGAAGGAUUCAACAGAAAGUACAACUUGCCCUUAUUGAUUGAACAUGUACACGACGAGCAAACCCACACAGUUGAUUUGUCAGUGUUGAACAAGGUGUACAAGCUAGUAUGCCAAUCGUCAACGUUCACGACUAGAGAACAGAAGAUUUCAUUUGCGCAAGAAAUAAUGGUGGAAGGAAACAAAAUAAGCGAGUUUGUCACGAAGUAUUUAGUUUCCAACGACUUGAGAGAAAUUCAAUUGAAGACAUUGCAUUCGUGGUGUCAAUUGGUUGAGAUAUUGAUCACUGAUGAUACGGUUGGAUCCAAAAACUUCAUCCUUGAGGUUCUACAGGUAAUUUUGCCAAAGAUUAACGACUACUUAGAGUCAGACAUCUUGUUCUCUGAAGAGCUUAUCUCGUUGAGUGUGUUGUUGUUUGACUUGUAUGACCAAGAAAUAUUGGCCGAGAAGAACAACGAGGAUUUUGCAUUGGGAAUCCAGAGAUUGAUCCCCUUGUUCAAGACAUGCAUAGCUGGUAUCUUGAAUUCUAAUUCAACUCCAAACUUGAGAUCUGAUUUGUAUGUCUUGGCCAAUAAGUUUUUGAUCAAGGUGAUCAGCAGCGAAGAGCUCGUUAGAGAGUUGUCUGUUAUUAUCAAAUCUGUGGACAAGAAGUUUGUCGAUCUCAUUUCCAACGACGCAAUAUAUUCUGAAGGGUCUUCCCGAAUCACUUCGAUUUUGUUAUUGGAGUCGUUAUUCCACUUGGCGUCGUUGUCAAAGAACAAUUUCAUUCUAGACUUGUUGGUGAAGAACAACUCGUUGUUGUUGUUGCUUCGUUCAGUUACCAGGACCGAUGAGAUGUUGCUGAUUUGCUCAAAGAGUGGAUCUGGUGUAAGUUUAGAUUCGUUGUUGUACGAGUUGACUGCAUUCCGUUCCACACUCUAUCUUCUUAUCAGAGUUGCCCAAUCAAAAGCUGGUGCAUUGCAGUUAAUACAGGGCGAAAUCUUUUCCAUUCUCAAACAAUCCAACUUGUUGAAGAUCGACCCAGACUUGGGAUUGGACUUGCUGUUUGACGAAUUCCAAGACCUUAAGAACGUCAGGGUCAACUUACUCUUGGACACACCGUUGUCGUUGAAUGAUUUGGCCGAUAUUAGGAACAUCAGAAACGAGAACAGCAUCUCUUACUUUGAGUUCUUGAUUCCGAUAUUCCAAUUGAUAGCUACCGUCCUUUUGUCAAUGGGCCCCAGCUAUAAGCCUAGCAUCAUUCAAGCCAGAGAUUUGAUGGCUGGCGUGAACAGACUAGUUGUAGGCAUAAUGAAGAGAGACAUCAUAUUGGAGACUAAGAAGGUUGAACCUCUGUUGUACAAAGAGGACCAGUUUUCACUACAUGGGUUGAAGGAGUUGGUGAGGUUGUUUACCUUGUUGGACUCGUUGAUCUCGUACGAAGAAAAGAACAGAUAUGUUUAG